AUGCUUGCGAGAGCGGUGCAUUGUCUGACCUGCCCUGUGAAGGCAUUCACUACGCUGACAGUCAUGUCACCGCGGCGACUUUUCGGCGCCAUCUUACUCCUUUUUAUCAUCUCUACCGCAAGCCUUAAGCGCAAUCCUUCCGAAGGUGAUAGAUUCAAUCACCCAAGAGGUGACUUUGCACGCUCUACCGGUGUCACCAACUUCCGUCCACAUUUCAACAACUUUGGAGAGCAUGGUGUGGCAAGAAACGGAAGUACGCAGAGGUCUCCUGAUCCCAGCUUCCACCGAGGCAUCAAAUCAGGUAUCGGAGACCACACACAUCGAGAGCCUGCGGGUAAACUGUCCGGAGACACAAACACAAACAAAUGGCAGUACAAGAAAUUCAAUCGCGAGUCUACAGACAAACCAGUAGUCAAGAGGGCUGCCUUUGCGUGGCCAGAACGACAACCAUUCGAUUUGAGGAUGGAACGAAGACUGCAUCCACACCCGCACUUUGGACAUUUCAGAAACGAAGCAAUUUACCGCUUUCGAGGCCCUGCAUUUCAUGCCUUUGAGGCCGAUCGAAUGAGGCCUGAUGUCCGCGGCGGGGGUCCAUUCGAGGAGGCGCAAAUCUGGAAAUGGCACCUAGGCUUCCGUGGUCCUGAAACCGGUAGGGAAAUGAGGAAAAUACCUGUAAAGGGCGAAAAAGACGAAGUAGAAGAAGGAAGAGUUCAAGAACCAGUGGAGAGGGAAGAAGAGCGGGAAAGCGUUCAAAGGGAUGUUGAAGGAAGUCGCACUUGGGAGGAGUCCCGGGAACCCAGGGGUGACAGUCCGGCACCAUCGCAUGAGGAUCGGGCAGAUGAGCGGUCCCAAGAACAUUACAGCAAACCGUUGCAUUCCUGGUAA